AUGGCUGACACCGCUGCUGCCCCGGCGCCGACCAGGCCCACCAAGCCAGAUGAGGCGCUCUUCCACGAGAACCUCGCUAAGGCUGACAAGGAGCACAGUCAGGUCAUGGCCCAAUUCAAUGCCAUCAAGCAGAAGAUCGAGCUUGCUGUUCCGAACAGAAACUCGGAAAACCCCACCUCCAAGCGCCGAAAAGAGCUUCUGGACCAGAUUAAGGAAAUCCAAUCGAAACAGGGUGCCGGCAAGAAAUCCCGUAGUACAAAGCAGGAUGAACUCGAUCGUCUCGAGGCGCAGGUCAAGUCCAGGCAAAAGGCCCAGGAGGUUGAGAUUGGAAGACCAUUUACCAAAAUUUGCGAAGACCGUCAAAUUAAAAGCGAAGAGUUGACCGGUAACCUCGGGGAGAAAUUGAACCAGGUUCUGCAGACAGCCCAGGCCAGCUAUGAUACGCAGACGCUCAGGCUCGUCGAAGAGAGGACCACCGUACAGCAUAUGAACUCGCUCAACGGCUUGAUCAGACAGUACAUCAAGUCCCGGGAACAGAUUGACGCCCUGAAGGUCAAGAUCAAGGAAAUCAAGGACGGCAUGAACGAUCCGGAAGCCAAGGAGCUCAGCGAGAAAUACACGAAGCUGCAGACCGAGCUGGACGCCAUCAAGGCCGUGCAGGGUGAGGCUUCAAAGAACCUGGACUCCCUGUUCAAGGAACGCUCAGAGCUGCAGAAGCAGCAGAAAGAGAAGUGGGAGGCGAAGAAGAAGCUCCAGGACGAGUACCAUCAACAGAGGAAAGCUUUCCAGAAAUACGAGAACGAGCAGAGGCAGAAGGUCCGGGAGCGAAGACAGGCUGAGAAUGAUCGAAUCAACAAGGAGCGCAAGCUGGAGCGCGCCCAGAAGAUGCUCGACGAGGCUAGCGACCCGGCAUACCUGGACGAGAUUCGACGCGCCAACAGCCUGCUCCAGUACUUCGACCCGUCAUUCGUUGCCGAGAAGGCUCCUCUUCAGACCAGCACCAACCUGCAGGCUCAGGCAGAGCGCAAAGUCGACGGUUCUGACCUCAAGGGUGUUAAGAUUCUGAGCAAGAAGGACCGGGACGAGGACCUCUUCCCUGCCCAGAAGAAGGGCAAGAAGGGCAAGAAGCACAACGCCGCCGCCACGAAGUCUACUUUCAACUGCCCGCCCUCCGUCCUAGAGGACUGCGCCUACAUGGGCAUCGAUCCUCCUAUGAGCGCCGAUGAGGUCCCUGGCGUUAUUGAGAAGGUCAAGGCCAAGCUCGAUCACUGGAAGGCGGACCAGGCGGCUCAGACUCAGAAGAACAUCGAGAAAGCCAAGAAGGAGAUCGAAAAGAUUGAGGCGGAGGAGGCCAAGGAGAAGGAUGGUAAGAGGUCCUCUUCUGGCACGGCCACGCCCAACGGAAACGGUGCCGCCUCCAACGGGGAGAAGUCCGACGAUAAGGUCGAAGGUAUCACCAAGGAGGUCGAGGAGGCUUCCAUUGAGGACAAGCCAGAGGAGGUCGCUGCCGCUGCAUAA